AUGUUAGAAGGCAAAGCUUUGAUAGAAGAUACUGACAUGCCUGUGAAGAUGCAGAUACAAGCCAUGACCUCUGCGUGUCAAGCUCUUGAUCUCUACGAUGUUUUUGAUUGUAAAUCCAUUGCUGCCCACAUUAAAAAGGAGUUCGACUUGAGAUAUGGGAAUGGGUGGCAGUGCGUGGUGGGAUCAAACUUUGGGUGUUUCUUCACUCAUACUAAAGGAACUUUCAUCUACUUCACCUUGGAGACUCUAAACUUCCUCAUCUUCAAAGGGGCUUCUUCUUCACCCUUAUCUUUCCCUUGA